ACGGCGACGUGAUUGGCGCAGAGUGGGGCAGGGGGCGGGAGGUAAAGGCAAUUUCCAGGGUCCACGGGUCACCAGGUGGAGAGAGAGGAACUGGGUUUUGGUUGCGAAGAGACAAUGGUGGACUCUCAGUACAUUUUGCCCAAUGACAUUGGCAUCUCAGUGCUGGACUGCCAGAACGCCUUCCUGCUGCUGUCGAAGGAGGAGAAACUCUACGCUCACUACAUCUCCCGGGCGUCCUGGUACGGGGGGCUGGUGGUGCUGCUGCAGACCUCCCCAGAGUCACCUGCCAUCUAUGUGCUGCUUCAGAAAUUGUUCCGAGCUCAGCCCCUCUCCGAGCUACAGGAGACUGCCACUUCCGUUGGGAUUACGUCUGAGGAAUACCAGGCAUUCCUUGUCUAUGCAGCAGGUGUUUAUUCCAACAUGGGCAACUACAAGUCAUUCGGAGACACCAAGUUUGUGCCUAACCUACCUCAGGAGAAGCUGAAAGCGCUGGUGUGGCACAGCGCAGCCUACAAACAGAAGCCAGGAGAGAUAGAGUGCCUGUGGAGGGUGUGCGGUCAGCUCAUCUUCUCUCUCGAUGACAGACAGAAGCAGCUGGGUCUUGGAGAGAAGGGCAUCACCACCUAUUUCUCUGGGAACUGCGCGCUGAAGGAUGCUGAGCUAGCACAGAAGUUUCUGGAUUCGAAGGAUAUCAGUGCGUACAAUACUCGGCUGUUUAAAACAGAGGGAGCUGAUGGCAAGUUGCUGUACGAGGUCAGACUUGCCUCUGUGAUAAAGGAUGAUGUAUCGUCAGAGGGUGAAUCGGACAACAAAUGCGGGGUUUAUGAGUUUGAUGGAGUAACGUUCAGGGUGGUUCGAGGUGAUUACUCACCGUUGAUGAAGAGAGUGGUUGAGAAUCUGGAGAAAGCCAAGGAGUAUGCAGCCUCCCCCAAUGUGGUGCAGAUGCUGGAGCAGUACAUCCAGAGCUUCACUACUGGUUCCAUCGAUGCUCAUAAGGAGGGCUCCAAACACUGGAUCAAAGACACAGGGCCCAUCGUAGAGAGCUACAUUGGCUUCAUCGAAAGUUAUCGAGACCCUUACGGAUCGCGAGGGGAGUUUGAAGGCUUUGUGGCUGUGGUUAACAAGGACAUGAGUGCCAAGUUCGCUCAGCUGGUGGCCUCAGCCGAGCGGCUGCUCCCGGAGCUGCCCUGGCCCAAGGAGUUUGAGAAGGAUCGCUUCCUGAAACCGGACUUUACCUCCCUUGACGUGCUGACCUUCGCAGGCAGCGGCAUUCCAGCCGGCAUCAACAUUCCGAACUGUGAGUGACCCCCCCCCUUUACUCCU